AUGCUGGCUUGCCAUGUUUUGUGCGUUUUCGAAGUUGGACUGGUGGUGGCCAUAGUCCUGGCUCGGAUGCAGGCGCGAUCUCCUUUCAUGCCCUCGAUGGACCUGGAGGCAGCUGUGUUUGACCUUGGCCCCCUCAUAGUCAGGCAGAACAACUGGGUAGCUGCGGUGGCGGCUGCAAUCACGGAGGUUUUUUUUGCCGUCUUCAAGUGCCAGUGGCACGGGCUUCAAAUUGUUGCAGAUCCGACUGGGGAUUUACUGAAGGAAGUCGGCCGGCUGUCCCAGAGGGAGUUUUGUCAGAACAUUGGUUGGGGCCGCAAUGUGCGAGGGAAGAUUUAUGCCCUCACAAAGGACACGGUGUUGGCUGGCUUUGCGCAGGCUUGGGCAGAGGGCGGUGGAUUGUGGAUCGAAAAACUGGCCAUUGAAGGGAGCUUCCGACGCCGCGGGUUGUGUCGCAGAUUCUUGGAACUGUUGGCGCAGCACGCUACAGGCGUGUUCCGUUUGGCCAGCCUGCGCACAUCGGAGGCUGCUUGGACAGGCUUGGGGUUUGAAACUAUUGGCCGCAAUUCUGAAGGUUUGAAGUUGAUGCAAUGCCCCAUCAGCGUUUUUUUGCAUGGAAGCCCCCCGCAGCAAGAGGAACUGACCUCGAGCCAGCAACGUGAACCAGGGGCAGACGAUCUGGAACGCACUCUCUUGCAGUCGCAAAGACGCUGUGAAGAGCUAGAGCGAAAAAGCGUCACCAUGGCCCAUCAAUGUGAAAAUCUGGAACGCAUGCUUGCACAGUCGCAAAGGGUCGCUGAGGAGGCUCAAGCUCGGGCAGACGAUCUGGAACGCACUCUCUUGCAGUCGCAAAGACGGUGUGAAGAGCUAGAGCGAAAAAGCGUCACCAUGGCCCAUCAAUGUGAAAAUCUGGAACGCAUGCUUGCACAGUCGCAAAGGGUCGCUGAGGAGGCUCAAGCUCGGGCAGACGAUCUGGAACACACUCUCUUGCAGUCGCAAAGACGCUGUGAAGAGCUAGAGCGAAAAAGCGUCACCAUGGCCCAUCAAUGUGAAAAUUUGGAAGGCAUGCUUGCACGGUCGCAAAGGGUCGCUGAGGAGGCUCAAGCUCGGGCAGACGAUCUGGAACGCACUCUCUUGCAGUCGCAAAGACGGUGUGAAGAGCUAGAGCGAAAAAGCGUCACCAUGCUUGCACAGUCGCAAUGGGUCGCUGAGGAGGCUCAAGCUCGGGCAGGGGAUUUGGAACGAAUGGUCUUACAGUCGCAAAGACGCUGCGAAGAUCUAGAGCAAAAAAGUGCCGAAAAUCUGGGACACCUCCUUGCACAGACGCGAUACUGUGAAGAGCUAGAGCGAAAAAAUGUAGCCUUGGCCCACCAGUGCGAAAAUCUGGAACAUCUGCUUGGGCAGGCGCGAAGUGUUGCUGAAGCAGCUCAAUCUCAGGCAGACGCUCUCGAACAUAUGCUCUUCCAGUCGCAAAGACGCUGUGAAGAUCGAGGGCAAAAAAACCUCGCAGUGGCCCAGCAAUGUGAAAAUCUGGAACAUGUGCUUCUGCAAGAAACAACACGACCCGGCUUUGAAGAGGCGCAUGCUCAGGCAAUUUUCAAGAAAUAUCUUGACCUCCGGGACUGGACGGCAGAGCAGCUAGUGAGACGAGCAGAAUAUGCCGAGUUUCAACACUGGUCUUGCUGGCCCGCCGCACACAUGUGGGCUUGCUGA